AACAGAAGUCUUCCUAUUUUCAGACUCCGCCACAGAAUACAAAGAUGAAGUCUACUGUUUUUAUCCUCGUCGCAUUGUUGAGUAUAGCUUACGGGCAAAAUUACACGGAGUACAUUUCAGGAUGUAACCAUCUUCGUGGGACCACAGUGGAAUACCAGAUAUUUACCGAUGAGGUUUUCUGGGCCGAAGCUGAAUCGUACUGCCACGACUAUCUUGGUGGGAACCUUGCUAGAAUUCACAAUGAUGAAACAAACACACUGAUUUUGAGCUACAUCGAGUCGUCCGGUGCUGGUGAUGCGAUUGCAACUGGGUUUUGGAUUGGCUUAAACGACAUUAGAAAUGAGGGUGUAUAUGUGUGGUCGAAUGGAGGAGAGACAUGUUAUGGCUUAGAUUAUAUCCCGUGGGGGAACGGUGAACCCAAUAACAACACAAAGAAGGAUUCGAACGGCCAGGACUGCGUACAACUCAGAAAAUCAAUGAAUUGGUCUUGGGAUGACGACUACUGUAGCUACAGACCCAAGGGCUUCAUUUGCGAGAUACCAGUUUGCAGCGAUCAUCACGAAUGUAAUGUGUGCCAAGAUUCAGUAUAAAUUCUCUGGGAGCUAAGAUGUAUCUGAAACUUUUACAGCAGUACUAGUUCUUCACGCUUUACGUCAUGGCAAGUGACUGACACGUGCAAUUAACACACACUUUCUUUCCAUAGGUUGAUUAUUUUGGUGUGUUAUUGGUGUCUGUAUUAUAACUUAAUAAACAUCACAUAAAUGCAAAA